AUGGACGAAUCAACUCUCAGUCCACCAGAGGCACAACAGACACCUCGUGCAAGCAGCCAUCGCAUCCCUUUUGUGCAUAGAUUGUCUUCCUUUCGACGCUCUCGACACAGCAGAACUUCGUCAGCUUCAUCUCAAGUGUCGAAUCAUCAAGCUGAAACCAACAUUGUGCCCGCAGAUUUAGUGCUCAAGGUGGAUAUCAUCAGAGGGCGUAAUUUGAAUCGAGAAGAUGAGUCAAAUGUUCCGAAUCCAUAUGUCAAUGUGCGAUGUGGAGGCAUUCGACAACGAACAGACACCAUCCGAAAAUCCUCAGAUCCAGAAUGGCUGUGUAGCUUUGAAUUCAAUAUAUCCAAUGAUAUCAUGGGCCAUCGAAAGAGACUCAGAGCCCUCAAAGAGCAUGGCUUAUCCAUCACUGUGUUCAACAAGGAUCGGUUCUCCUCCAUCUUUUUAGGACAAAUAAGCUGGUCCUUGGACGAUUUGUUCUCCUCGCCAGAUCACAUCGCUUUCGAUGAUACCACUGCUAAAUGGUAUCCCUUAUCAAGGACAAGCCGUCAGCAUAGACGAUUUCAUUUGAGAAAGAAGCGUGGUGGUGUUAGCAGUGAUGCCAAUGCCAGCACAAGCACAUCGGAUGCUGAUCAGGCUGAACUCUGCUGUCAAUUUGGCCUGAUAUACAGAUCAGAUUCAGGCACCUCUAUCCCAACAGACUCUGCCACUUUUGCUGAAGAAUUGCAGUUUUUAUUAAUCGAUGAUCAUGAUGACGAUGAUACAGAUACCAACGCUCUAUCGUCAUCGCCUCCCGUCACAACGCCCACAACAGCACCUGCGACGCCGGCUGCUACCAUAACGCCGGAAAUGCAAAAGAGUUCCAGUACAACUUCAUUUAGCAGUCGGUUCAGAAGAUCACUGAAAACGGGCAAUUCCACAUCCUCUAUUACGAGCCUUACACCUUCGGUCGAACAGCCGCAGCAGCAGCAGCAAUCAAAGCCAAAGGAAAAAAGACGCUUAAAGAACAAAUUUAGACGUCGCAAGGGCAAAAACGGAGGUCGUCGCACUAGCAACAAGAAGAAAAAGGCAGAAGGAGGGUACGCCAAGUUCUAUUCAGAUGUUAUGGGCAUUACGUUUUUGGAGAUUGAAAGUGCUCAAGACCUUCCACCCGAGAGAAAUGUCACUCGCACCGGCUUUGAUAUGGACCCCUUUGUUAUUGUCAGUUAUGGUGUCUCUACUUUCAGAACAAGAGCCAUUCGACACAACUUGAACCCCACUUGGAACGAGAAGCUCUUUUUCCACGUCAGAAACUCGCAAGAAAACUACAAAAUCAAGUUUGCCGUGUACGAUAAAGACAAGUUUUCGGGCAACGAUUUUGUCGCUUCACAAGAGAUCUCCAUCGCGGAUAUCAUUCAAAAGAUGCCUACCAGUGUCACUCAAUCUACAGCUACACCGACCGCAUUUGACCAAGCAGAUCAUAGCCCCUCGCAAGAGAUUGAGCGCAACAUGGGCAGACAUACCAUUCCUCUCAAGUUGGCCAAACCUGACAAGUGGAAAGACAGUGUUCGCCCUACGCUGACAAUUAGAGCCAAGUUUGUGCCCUAUGUGGAGAUUAGAAAGAUGUUUUGGAUUGCUUUGGCAAAGACGUGUGAUGCAGACAGCUCCAACACCAUGAGCCGACUCGAAGUACAAGCCAUGCUGGAAGCAUUGGGCUCAAAUAUCUCUGAGUCUACCCUAGAUCAUUUUUGGCAGGAGCAUGGUAAAGACUUUGAUCAGGACUUGACCAUGGAUGAGUUGGUGGCCAGCUUGGAGUCGUUCAUUUUAGCUGUGGAUACCAAGCAAGACAGUGGUGGGGAGGAACCAAAUACGAUCAUUGAACAGGAGAAAGAUGUGCCUGUAGAUGCAAAGAACAAUAAUACGGUGAAUCCUUUCUUCUUGGCUGCGUCAGAUGACGAGGAGGAUGACGAUGAAGAGGAUGACGAGUAUGAUAUGGAUGAAAGUGACGAUAGCGAUGACAGCGAGGGCGGCUAUUUCUCCAGCCAUGGUGAUUACGACGAAGAUGAUAUCGACUUGGCCCAUUCUGGCUCUACCACAUCCACCACUACGCCCCAAUCACCUGACGAGGCUGAUUAUGAGGCUUUAGCUGAGGCUGAUGGCAUUCAAUACAUUGACGGACCAUUAAAGGAGCUCAAAUUGCAGCAAGACAAGGAGGACCUGGAGCGUGAAGCUCAAGAACAUCAUCCUCGCAAGUCAGCACAAGAAAAAGUGAUCCGGCUCAAUGAAUGCCCCAUCUGUCAUAAACCCAACCUCGCAAAGCGUGGUCAGAUGGAUAUCGUGACGCAUGUGGCUACAUGUGCUGCCAAUGACUGGACUACAGUGGAUCGAUUUUUGAUGGGCAAUUUUGGCUCUGAAGCGCAGGCACAACGCAAAUGGUUUGUGAAACUGGUCAACAAGGUAGGCUACGGUAAAUACUCGGCUGGAACGAACAACGCCAAUAUCAUUGUGCAAGACCGCUUGACGGGUCAAUUGAUUGAUGAACGCAUGAGUGUCUAUGUUCGUUUGGGUAUGAGAUUGGUCUACAAGGGCAUGCGUUCGGGUAUUCAGUCAAAGACAGCACAACGUAUCUUAGCCAACAUGUCUGUCAAACAAGGUCGUCGCUUUGAUAACCCACUUUCCAAGCGAGAAAUCAAUUCAUUCAUCAAAUUCCAUCAGCUGGACAUGAGCGAAGUAUUGGAGCCCUUGGAGAAUUUCAACACAUUCAACGAGUUCUUUUACAGAAAGCUCAAGCCUGGAAGUCGUCCCUGUGACGCCCCUGAUAACAAGCGUGUAGCUGUCAGUCCUGCUGAUUGUCGUAUGAUGGCAUUCCCUACCAUUGAUAGUGCUACUAAUAUUUGGAUCAAGGGUGUUGAAUUCAGUAUAUCCAAGUUACUUGAUGAUGCAGAAGAAGCCAAAGCGUAUGAAGGCGGUGCAUUGGCUAUUUUCAGAUUGGCGCCUCAAGACUACCAUCGUUACCAUUCACCAGUUGAUGGUGUGAUUCGCAAGAUACACAAUGUGCAAGGACAAUACUACACGGUAAAUCCCAUGGCUAUUCGUACCACGCUGGAUGUCUAUGGCGAUAAUAAGCGCGAUGUUGUGCACAUGGAGACAGAGGCAUUUGGCAGAGUGGCUAUUGUGUGUAUUGGUGCUAUGAUGGUGGGCUCUAUUGUCUUGACAGCUGGCGUCGGUGAUCGUUUAGCCAGAGCAGAUGAACUGGGCUACUUUGCCUUUGGCGGUAGCACGUUGGUCGUCUUGUUUGAAAAGAACGCAAUGCGUUUUGACGAAGAUCUGUUGGAAAACGCUAGCAAUUCUUUAGAGACUUUGGUGCGUGUUGGUAACCACAUUGGUGUUCAUCCAUAG